AUGUUUCGAUUCCACAAAACCCUCGAUAUUGUCACGCUCUUUCACAAGGCCAGCUCGCCUGCCUCUGUCCGGGUCGCCAACCUCUUGAAGCAGGCUUCUGCCGCCUCGACAUCUGGAGCUGCUAGCGAGUCGACGAGGGAGCAGUUCGAGCUCAACAUCACCGAGGACCAGCCAACCCCCGACCAGGUCCAGACUGUUCUCGAAUACGUGGGCAAGAGCGGGAUCCCCAAGAUCAUCACGGGUGCACACGACGAGAAGGAUGCAUUGAAGAAGUAUAUCCAGAACAAGGACAGCCUCGUCAGACCGUUGGUUGUGGACUGGAACAAUGGCAAGGCGAUUUCCGGAGACAAUGAAUCGGAGAUCUUGAAGCUCCUCAAUGCCAAGAAAUAG